AUGCCUAAGAAAAGAGAUAUAGAGCAGGGAAUACCUGAAGAGGAUGAAAACUUAGUACCCUUAAUACCUCUGAACAAUGGAGAUAGAACACGACCCAUCAGACCCAAGAAACUUAUUGUGAACAAUAACAGCAGUCUCUCACCACUUUUUCAAAAACUACAAUUGGAACCUUCUUCGACAAUAUCCACACCAGAUACUACGCCAGUUCCCGACUCAGGUGGUGAAUGGCCGAAGAAAUGGAGACGAAGUGACAGAAGACUGAGAAGACUGAACACUGAACUCCUCGAAGCCAUCGAGUCUCAUAAUGUUAAGGAAGUCGAAAGAUUGCUAAAAGCCGGUGCAAACUCAAACGCAACAUGUCGUUUAGACCACGUAUCAGCGUGCCACAUGGCAGCAUUGAUGGGGGGUGAUGCUUUGGAACUCCUGGUCAAGUUCGGAGCCGAGAAGAACAGACAGGAUAGGCUUGGGAGGUCUCCCUUGCACCUGGCUGCUUUCGCCGGCAAUGCGAGGCAGAUGGCCAUCUUGUUGGACUUCCCAGAAGGAUCUGCCGUAACUACUAACACCAUAAUCGAUAACCGAGUCACCCAAGGCCACGUACAGGAGCCU